GUAUGUAUCUGCCUGUGAGUGUGUGAGAGUGCUGGUGGCCCCAGUACCUGGCCAAGUGCAUCCUCUCUACCUGAGCCCUAUUUCUUCACCAUGUGUACCUCUUUCAUCUGCCCUGGAGCUUCUACAGCCACAUCAAGCUACCCCCCAAAGCUCUAGAAAGCUGAUCACUAACUUUGUGAACGGAUGAGCCCCAAGCAGCCAGAAAAGACUGGGGCUUUCGACGCUGCCCCCUGUCCUGCCGGCUUGGACAGGGUCCUCCUAGGUUCCAUACUGGAACUCUGACCAUGGAACCCUGAAGUGGCUCUGAUCUCCAGAGCUCAGUGGCAGACUCCACCAACCUAGGCCCUUCCUGCCCCUCCCGCAGUCAGCUUGAAAGCUCUGAGAGGGAGGGGUGGGGAAGAGAUUCGGAUCUCACUGGGCAGGGGGCUUCCAUCAUGAUGCUCAACUCAGACACCAUGGAGCUGGACCUGCCUCCCACCCACUCGGAGACCGAGUCGAGCUUCAGCGACUGUGGGGGCGGGGCGGGCCCCGAUGGAGCUGGGCCCGGGGGUCCGGGAGGAGGCCAGGCGCGGGGCUCGGAGCUGGGAGAUCAAGGCCGGAAAGAUCUGCAGCACCUGAGCCGAGAGGAGCGCCGGCGGCGGCGCCGCGCCACUGCCAAGUACCGCACUGCGCAUGCCACGCGGGAGCGCAUCCGCGUGGAAGCCUUCAACCUGGCCUUCGCUGAGCUGCGCAAGCUGCUGCCCACGCUGCCCCCCGACAAGAAGCUCUCCAAGAUUGAGAUCCUGCGCCUCGCCAUUUGCUACAUCUCCUACCUGAACCACGUGCUGGACGUCUGA